GCGUGGCAACACGCCAUCAUGGGAUCGAUCAUUCGAUGCAGAAGCUAGAACUAGAAGGCAUAUGCGCAUGAGAAAGCCAUCAGAAAGCUAUAAUAUCUCGUAGAACCUCAAGAUCUGACAUCUCUGAUUGACCCAUUGCAAUGCCUGCCUCCAAAGGAAGACGAAGACAGCACUCGAAGUCCUCAAAGAAAACCCCAAGUCCUGAGAGUCAGUCCAAGCUACCAACAACACAGGAGAUCGAGAACCGUUCAUCUUCCCCUUCUUUGUUUCCUACCAUCUCAAUACCAGACCUGGAAAAGAAGAUUAGCUCGAAAAUCAACAAGAUUGUGAGCUGGGCAUGGCAUUCUAUUCCAUUUGACUCCCUUCCUGAUUGGCUGAGAGACAACGAGUUCCUCCAACACAACCACCGUCCUCCAAUGUACUCAUUCCGUGGAUGUGCUAAAAGCAUGUUUCGUCUUCACACAGAAACAUUCAAUAUCUGGACCCAUCUCCUUGGUGCCCUAUUCUUCAUCAUGCUAGUCGCUGGUGUGUACAUCUUUGGAGAUUACAUAACGUUUCUUUUCGAGGACAUCCAGAUACACGAUUUACCGUGGCAGGAGCAGGCCACUCUGUUGUGCUUCUUCGGUGGUGCUGUAUUGUGCUUGGCCUGUUCUGCGAUAUUUCACACGUUUUCUAACCAUUCGAAGGGAGUGUACGGUGUUCUGAGCAGACUUGACUAUACUGGUAUAUCAUUCCUCAUAACCGGCUCCUCGGUACCUGCCUACUACUAUGGCUUCUACUGCACCACCUAUGCCAAGUAUGCCUACAUAGUCGUCUCUCUGUGUCUCUGCACUCUGUGUGUGUGUGUCAGCAUGUGGAACAAGUUUGCAACUCCUAGAUUUCGAGCACUUCGAUUCACUGUCUUUGUGCUGUUUGGACUGUACGCUGCAAUUCCUUUCAUGCACAUAUUCCUCAGGGAUGGCUACACAGUGUCGACUCAUGCAUACUCGUUGUGGGGCUUUGUAUUGAUGGGGGCUGUGUACAUAUUUGGAGCUUCUCUAUACGUUAUGAGGAUUCCUGAGCGAUUCUUUCCGGGUAAAUUCGAUAUCUGGGCCAGCAGUCACCAACUGUUUCAUGUGUGUGUGGUCACGGCUGCAUUGGUUCACUACAAUGCACUGUUGAACAUGAUCACAUACCGUCUCAACGUUGGUAGUUGCAUUGAGAGUCUUCCAUUUGAUAUGCUUGCUAUAUAAUUAUUAUUAUUUCUUAUUUUGCUGCAUAAUUAUAUCAUACACAAAUCAUGAAUUGUGAUAAUUAUUAUUAA